AUGAAUAAAUUUCCACAGGAUAAAUUGGCUUGGGUUAAUGGGCAGGAUUCAGAUUCCACCGAAGGUGAUGCCCCAGCCCAGGAUAUCCUUACAUGUGGUGCCUGCCAGAAGGCUUUUGCCCUCUCCGACAUAGUCAAAUUUAUACAACACAAGGUUCUACAAUGUAACAAGGAAAACUAUGGCCACUGUUCAAACCAAGGUCCUUCGAAUGAUAGAGCCGACACCGAAGAUGGCAGGCCGUUGGGUGUUGCUAAUCGCAGACCUUCGGUAUCAGCUCCUAUUAAUGCACGCAAAACAUCGGGAGGAUCCCGCAUUCACACACCACCGCCAAGCCCAGCGGACAUGUUAGCCGACGGUGCCUCAAGUACACCCAAAAGACUUGUAGAUGAAAAUGACAAUACCACACCCAAGGAGGCAACCCAAGAAGACACCAAAACCUCAAACUCAGCGACAGAAGAGCUACCGACCAUUACCACAUCCAUCAAGCAGGAACUUGAUCGUGAUGAAAAUGAUACAGAAACAAUUGAGUGUCACAAUAGCAGCAAUAAUGAUAACACUAACGAUAAUGUACGCGAAAACGACGAUGAUUGCCAGCCCAAGACCAAACGACCCAAAAUUGAGUUCGUCGAUGCUGAGUCCAAUACGCUGCAAACAGAACCCAGCAAUUACACAUGUUCGACGUGUAAGACGAGAUACAGUUCAGCCUGGCGUUUAAUUCAACAUGUACAAUACUCGCAUGGUGUCAAGAUUUACGUGGAAACCCCUCUAUUUGGGGAUAUUGUUCAGUCUCCCAGCGAUGGUUCUUCUGGCGUUCAGCCACCGCAGAGCAACCUAAGUAAUAAUAGUUCAAACAAGAGCAAUGUGAAUGAGUCCACAUGUACGGUAUCACCCAUCGUCAGUAACAGCAACAACAAUCAACAACAACAACAACAGCAACAACAGAUUCAUCAGCAAUUGCAACACAGAGCGGCUGCUGUAUGUGCUGCUGCCGCUGUGGCAGAACAACAAAAACAACAGCAACAACAACAUCAACACCAAUCAAAUUUAACGGCUAUGCAAAAUGCCCAAAAUUUGGCAGCAGCUGCUGCCGCUGGCAUGCGUCAUCAUCCACUUUUGCCACCACCUGACAUGCAUGCCACAAAUCCUUUCAACUUGCUGAGAAUGCCUCUUCCACCUGGACUUGGCCAGGCACAAGUAGUUCCUGGAGUUACUCCACUUUUUUCACGCCCUCAUGCCGAUCAUUAUCGCAUGGAACAACUAGUAUCAGAGCAGUUCCGCCACCACGGUCUAAACUUAGCUGCGGCUGCAGUUGCUGCGGCCAACUCUUUGGCCACUCCUCAUACCCCAACGCCACAGUUUAAUCCAAACAAUUCUGUGCCUUCGGGAGGAGCUGUAGAGCCACGACCACCAUCCUCCAAUAGUAGUCAUCGAGGUUCAUCGACUCCGGCGGCCCUUCCCCUCAUGCCCGGUCAGCAGAGUUCGAACUCAAGCAUCCAGCCCAAUAAUCAAGUUAACAUGGAACCCCAGAUGGAUUUUUACUCGCAGCGAUUGCGUCAGCUUGCAGGAACAACGAGUCCUGGAGCUGGAAAUAUUGUUAACUCGAGCUCGCCGAGUCCACGACAAAAGCAAUCGCCGCAUUUCGCGAGCCCAUCGCCUUCUCAUCAACUUCCUCCCACUCCGGUCACAAAUAAUACUCGUCCACAUUCCUUGACCCCUCCCGAAAAGAGUGAACCACUAACUGGAGAAAAUGGGGCACUCAUCAAUAGUACACCCCGUUCAGCCUCAACACCCCCGACUAAGCCCAGUCAAGAAUCAUCAGUCAAUGCGUCUGUAUUCACAUGUUCGUAUUGUGAUAAGAAAUUCCGUUUCGAAAACAGCCUAAUCAUCCACCAGCGUACACACACUGGCGAGAAGCCAUAUAAGUGCACUGCAUGUGAAUUCGAGUGCUCACACAUCCAAAAACUUAUGAAGCACAUGCGCGUGCACCGGAGUCCGGCGGAGGAUGGACUCAGCAAUGCUGAAUCGGCAGACACAAAUGAGGGGGACUCGGAUGUCGACCAGGAUCCUGAGGAAAAUCUAGACGAAGACGCCAUGGAAGAGGAUGACGAGGAAUUGGAUGACCAGGAGCAGGAUGAAAUUGACUAUGAAGCUGAAGAUCUAAGUGUCAGCAACAACCGAAUGGAUUUAAAAAGUGAAAGUCCUAAAGGAGCAUCUGGUGCCACAUCGUUAGUUGGCGAACUAAUGGACAAGUUUGGCUUGUCAAACAUUGCACAAUAUUCGGAGGCAUACAAGCAAGCUCUACAAGAAUCCGGCAACUAUAAGCACAUUUCCAAGGAUAUUGACAAUAACAAUGCCACCAGCUCGCCAAUGCACCAAAUUAAUGACAAAAUUAAUGGAUUUCCCGCUGCAUUGCGUUUGCGCGAAGAAUUUGCCAAGAAUAUGUUCCAAAAGCCCACCCAACAAGAAGGGAACUCACAGUCGUCACAGGUUCCAAUCUUCAAUCCUUUCCAAAAUCCAUUUGAAAUAUCAAAACGGAUAAAAAUGGAUGGCAAUGACUGGUGGAAUAUGCAGGCGCUUCAUCGCAAUGAAUCGCUGUUUGAAAAUUUGAAGCUGAAACCACUAGGGCUGGGAUCCGCUAAUUCUUUAUUAGCUCAGAAUUCCCUAAUGAAAAAGGAAAGCCGGCAACGCAAUGACACAUGCGAAUUUUGUGGCAAAGUCUUCAAGAACUGUUCAAACCUCACUGUACACCGACGCAGUCACACCGGCGAGAAGCCUUACAAGUGUGAGCUUUGCUCUUAUGCCUGUGCCCAAAGUUCCAAGCUGACACGCCACAUGAAAACUCAUGGCCGCAUGGGCAAAGAUGUGUAUCGCUGUCGUUUCUGUGAUAUGCCGUUCAGUGUUCCUUCCACGCUGGAGAAACAUAUGCGCAAAUGUGUAGUCAACCAGGGAAAGGUUGCCGCGGCCAAUGCCGCCAACGCCGUUGCCGCAGCGCAGGCGGCGGCUGCCGUGCAACUGCAAAAUCAUUUGCCCAAUGCUCAGCAACUAUCUCCGCCGACACACGCUUCCUUCCCACCGCAGUUCGGUCUAGGUCCCGGAUCCAUGUCCCUCCCCAGCAGUAUAGGCGACAACGAUUCGAACGCGUCGACAAGUCUAUCGUCACAACACGCCAUAUCGCUGAAACACGAGGCAUGACUUUAUCGAAACUGGAACAACGCUACCAGUUGCUUCAAUUCGCCCAAUACAGUUCUUCCGCCACCGCCGCCCCACCAGCAGCAACAGCAAGAACAAUCGCACCAUCUACUGACGCAUGCCCAGCAUCAUCACCAUCAACGUCCUCUCCCGACUGUGAACCGAAUAUUAUCACGUAUCUUCUAAAGAUAGGCUUCUAAAGAUAACGUUGGGAUAGCCCGUGUAAAUAAUAGUAUAUUGUCGCAUAUUGUGAAUACGUCUAUUACCACAAAACCCUGAGGUCUCUUUGAAAAAGAACGAUCUUACCUGCGCGUUUGUACAUAUAUCACUCGACCCACCACCGACUCCAUCAGGACAUCUAGUGUAAAUGCACCGCCGGAGCGCCUCCACGUAUACCAAAGCAAUACAUCCAUCGUCUCUCUCCAUGUCUGUUGCGCUCUUCCGCCUAAUGCAGAAUUGGCUGCGUUAAAAUGUUUGUCUUCUUCCCAGUCUCAUUCUCUAACAAAAAAAGAAACCUAGCUAAUAUCCCCAGUGUAAUUCAGUGAAUUCGAAUUAAGUAGUAAUUGUAACUGUAUCAUAUUUAAAUUUAAAUGAAACCUUAGACAAAUCUAAAUACUUUAAAUCGAAAAUGCUUUGUCUGCACUCCGUCAUCGGUAAAGGGCAUUGCAAUACAUUUUUAGCGUUUAAUCCCCACGUGCGAAAGAUUAUAUGAUCGCUUCGCAUUUACCCUUCCACUUUCCUCAACUCCUCACAUCCCCAACAAACUGCAGACGUGUAAAUGUCUGAUUUUCAAGAUCUUGUUUUGUGAUUCUCGUUAUUAUUGUUAGUUCGUUACUUUGUGUUGUUUAUUGAUUGAUUGAUUGAUUUAUCUAUUUUGUUUGAGAUCACAUUCUGUGUAUGUUAUUAGGGUACACACAGACAUGUUUAUGUCCUUGUUUAUUAGAUAUGGAAAGGGAGUCAAUUAGGCCGGCCGGAGGAGAUCAACCACACGCAUUUGCACCUUCGAUUGUCCGUCAAAUGAAAUCACGCCUAUUUUGCUUGUAAUUAUGAUUGAUUUCUUCGAACUGUCCUGUACCCCCGUCUUCCCUGUGGCCCACUUAAACUAAGCCUUUCGUAAACUAGUAUUCUUUGCCUUUUUAGUUCAUAAUUGUGUUUACUUAAAUUAUUAAUCUAAUUGCUAAUGUAUAUUUAGAUGUACAAAGGAACCUGGAAGACAUCGCAUCUACCCCUAUCCCUGUAUACACCACAAUAUUGUAUUGAAUAAUUGAUUUAGAAUAAACAUAUGCUCUUAAUAAUAAUAAUAAUAAUAAUAACUAUAAAAUAAAACAGUUUUUUGAAAUCAAAAACCCAGUUGCAAUUCUUCAUUUCCCACUUCCCUAUCUCGCCUAGUCUUCAUACCAUUCCGAGUUGCUGCUGUCUUCCAUUGCUGAGAAAUGCGGGGAGAGCAAUACAUAAUGCUCCCCUCGCUAUUCUUGCGACAUCGAUGAAAAUAUAUUGUAUAUAGUCACAUUGAAAAGUACCGGCCGGGAAAUACAGACUAUCCCAUACGACUAUCGCACACUGUAGUUCAGUGACAAGUCGCUUCUUCUCUAGCGCUGAAAUCAAAACGAAGGGAAUCAUUUGAACAUUUGUGCAAAUAUAUUUAAAUGUAUGUACGUAUUAAUUAAUAUCAUGAUUAUUAUUUAUUCCGUAAUAAGUAAGUAGAAAAUUAAGAGUUUCUUAUAUAACAAACAAAAACUAGAAUCUGAAAAAGGAGGAAAACGUAUAUAUGUAUGUGUUAAAAUUUCGUAAAAUAAAAGACAUAAGAAAAUGAAAACAAUAGAAAAU